AGGCACAAGGCGCAGAUGCUGGAACUCAUGGGCGGAUCGGUGAAGCAUGACCACAGACACCCGGUCUUCAACUUCCUCUUCGAGGUGAGUUGCCGGGUAGGCCAAGGAGAGACGUGCAUUAUUCAUGAAGUGCCAGGGAUAUAGGGAGUAAAUUGGAUGUAUGGGCUGAUAUAUGGCCUUCGUUCUUGCUACGUGGCUUCCCACGGCUGUACAGAUACGAGG